CAGAGAGACACUCAGAGGGACUUGGCUCUCCUUUUGACGACAUCUCAUCUCCUGCUCUCCUCUUCUCAGAGAGUUGACAACCUUUCCCACUGCAAACAUGAUGAUGAGGAAGUCAUACUCAGUCUCAGGCUCAGGUGGCUCCACCAGGAGGUCACUUGCCCCAGUCAACUACUCCGUACAAAGAACAACUUACAGUUCUGGUGGUGGUUCUGGCUUUGGUUCUGGCUUUGGUUCUGGAGCUAGCUAUGGAGGUGGUUUCACAUCUGGAAGCAUGAGUGGCUAUGGUUUAUCUUCUAGCCAAGCAGGAGGAGCCUUCAUCCCUCCACCCAUCACAGCUGUCACAGUCAACCAGAGCCUGCUGGCCCCUCUGAGCCUGGAGAUUGACCCCACCAUCCAGAAUGUCCGCAACCAGGAGAAGGAGCAGAUCAAGACCCUCAACAACCGCUUCGCCUCCUUCAUUGACAAGGUCCGUUUCCUUGAGCAGCAGAACAAGAUGCUGGAGACCAAAUGGAGCCUCCUGCAGGACCAGACCACCACCCACUCCAACAUUGAUGCAAUGUUCGAGGCCUACAUUGCCAACCUGCGCAGACAGCUCGACGGGCUGGGCAAUGAGAAGGUCAAGCUGGAGGGAGAACUGAGAAACAUGCAGGGCCAUGUUGAGGACUUCAGGAAGAAGUAUGAAGAGGAAAUCAACAAACGUGGAAAUGCAGAGAAUGAGUUUGUGCUCCUGAAGAAGGACGUUGAUGCUGCCUACAUGAACAAGGUGGAGCUGGAAGCCAGGGUGGAUGCUCUUCAGGAUGAGAUCAACUUCCUCAGAGCUGUCUAUGAGGCUGAGCUUCGUGAGCUGCAGAGCCAGAUCAAGGACACAUCCGUCAUUGUGGAGAUGGACAACAGCCGUAACCUGGACAUGGAUGCUAUCGUGGCUGAAGUGCGUGCUCAGUAUGAGGACAUUGCCAACCGCAGCAGGGCUGAAGCCGAGAACUGGUACAAACAGAAGUACGAGGAGAUGCAGUCCUCAGCCGGACUUUACGGAGAUGACCUGCGCACAACCAAGGCUGAGAUUGCUGAGCUGAACCGCAUGAUCGCCCGUAUUCAGAAUGAGAUUGAGGCUGUCAAGGGACAGAGGGCCAGCCUUGAGGCUCAGAUCGCAGAGGCUGAGGAGCGCGGUGAGCUGGCAGUGAAGGAUGCCAGGCUACGCAUCAAGGACCUGGAGGAUGCUCUGCAGAGAGCCAAGCAGGACAUGGCACGCCAGGUGCGUGAAUACCAGGAGCUGAUGAACGUCAAGCUGGCCCUGGACAUCGAAAUCGCCACCUACAAGAAACUGCUGGAAGGAGAGGAGUCCAGACUGGCCAGCGGAGGCUCCAACGCAACCAUCCACGUGCAGCAGACCAGUGGAGGUGGACUCCAGAGCUCCAGAAGUGGAUUCGGCUAUGGGGGCAGCAUGUCUGGCGGUUAUGGCGGUAUGAGUGGUGGUACCAUUACCAAGUCCUCAGUCACAACAACCAGUUCCCUCAGACGCUAUUAAAAAGGAGAGCCGUCCCUCUUCCCCUUCAAAAACUCUUGAUUUUAAACUAAAUUUGUACCCAUCCAUGGUGCUAUGCAGUACUGUAAAGCAUGCUCAACAAGAUAGCUGGAUAUAUUGUGUUACACUGCUACCAGCUGUGUUUCAAGGAUCACUGGCCGCAUUUCUUACUCCGCUCUGAUUAACAACAUUUAACAAGAGUUUCUGAAGGUAAACAUGGCCUUAAACACACAAGGGCCAGGUCAGUCCUUUCUGCACUGACAUUCAAGAAAUACAAACACAAGGUUUUUAAGGAGCGUAAAAACUAAGCAAGGAAAGCAUUUGAAAAUCUGUACUCAAUUCUGUCAACUUAGAUACUCUUUGUACUGUAGUGCACUAAUAAACUGGUCUGAGAUAAGAUCAUGUGUAUCAUAUGUGCAGGACAACUCAAUUCUUAUGCUCCAGUUUUGGGUGUAUGUCCUCAUUCCUACAUUUGAGUGCUGAUUUUAGUAAGGGGAGCAAGUCACUGACCGAAUCUGAUCACUGGAGAAACACAAAAUUUAAAAUUUGCAUGAUAAAUGUUUACAGUUUCCCUUUGAACUGAUUGGCUAUUGAUUUGUUCAUUUUACCGUUCUGUCAAAUGGUUCCAUGCUUAGUUUUACCUCUCCUUCCCUUCAAGAUGAGACAAUGUUGAAACCAGAUUUAUUUUGUGAAAGCCACUUCCUCGCAACAUGACUGAUAAAUGUUGCAGCAAUUGACAUCAAAUGAAUCUGAAUAAAAUAAAUCUGAGAACUAAAA